CUACGACCUUCCUCGUACCGGUACAUUAGUCUACUGCGCUUUCAGCGUUCAGGAGGAAGUCUCGUGACUCACAGAGAAGCCACGAGAAUGAAAAUUUUACCAAGGUACCUGUAGUACCUACCGGUAUGUUUGCAGGAAAGUGGAGCCUCGGAAUCUAAUCCACUGGCUGCGUACAGUACGGCAGAGCAUCAUUACUUGCCAGCACAAAAGAGUUUGAUAGUGAAAUCCAUCCACAAGCACUCCUUUCAGAGUUCAGCAUGACUGCAAGGGCACUCCUCGUAGUCCCACCGCUAUUCAAAUACAAUGCAGGGCCUCUCCUAGGCCCGGCUCUUCUGCAAGCGGCAGCACGUAGUCAUGGCCACAGCUGUUCUAUUCUAGAUCUCAAUGCCCUCUGGAUUCAGAAAAAUGGCACAUCAAAUAUCAUCAAGAUGCGACCCAAGCCCAUGUUUCAGGGAGACCACAACAAGCCAGAGGACAACAAGCUGUCGGAGAUUCAACGACAAUGGGACACACAGCUUCUUGCAACCUUGACAUUGAAACACGAUCCUCAUCAGCCUCGAGGCCUUCUUCUCCGUCGCCCCCAAUACGGCUUCCUCGACCACGAGGAGAUUCACCAAGCCGCAGUAAACUUGGCCGAUUCGUCGUUUGGAGUAUGGGCACGCGACCAGCUCUUGCAACGGGGAUGUCGCCAGAUGGAUUUGGUUGGCUUGUCCCUCUUGCAUGCCGGACAAGUGAUUCCUGCUGCGGCAAUAUCCAUGUUGGCACGCAAACUCUGGCCGGAAGCAACCAUUGCUUGGGGUGGGCCACAUAUAUCAGGUCUUGGUCACGCCAUCGGACAAGAUCUGCCACAGCGUCGGGUCCUUGCCGAUGUUUUCGUGCAAGGUCAUGCCGAAGAGACGUUUGUUGGACUGUUGGAUCAUGUCUCAUCAUCGACAAUCUCCAAAAAGUGUCAUGUGGAGCCGGUCAUCCAGGCACGUCGAGGCAAAUUCCAGCUGCUGCCAUUGGUGUUUGAAAACCUCGAAUGCUACAGCCGGCCGAUCACUUUGCCAGCUCAAUCUAGUUUGGGCUGUGCCUAUGGAAAAUGCGCCUUUUGCACGUACCCGUCGAUGGAAGGGACGCCCAUCCAGCUAGGCCUGGAGGCUACCCUCGGCCCAGUGGUGCAGCAAGCCCUUCAGCUUGAUGGCUGCACGGGGAUAUCCUUGAAAGAUUCCUUGGUGACGACCAAACGCCUACUGGACAUAGCCGGCUUCAUCCGUGGGCAAGUCCAAUGGUCGGCUUGCACCAAGUUGGGGCAACGAUUGGCCUACACAGACACGUUGAUGAAGCUGCGAGAGGGUGGCCUGGUCACAUUGGAAAUUGGGUUGGAGUCUUUGUUGUUAGAAACGCAACGUCGUAUUGGCAAAGUCCAAAAACAAGCACUAUUCGAGGAGUUUGUAGCCAAUGUCUCUGAAGUUGAUGAUUUGAGCAUUGUUGUCAACUACAUGACUGGCUUUCCCUGGGAAGAUGCCGUCGAAGCACAACAGAAGCUGCAAGAAGUACAAGCCAUAUUGGAUUUCCACCUGGGAAGAACCGGUGAGUUGCCACGAGCAAAAGUGGAGCACAACGCUUUUGAACUAGAACGGUUAGCCCCAAUGGCACUGAAUCCUGCAAAGUAUGGCAUCAACGAAGAGAGAUUGAGGCUGUGGCCUUGGGCUUCAGUUGUUGAGCAGUUUUGAAUUGCUAUGCUCAAACAAAGCUUGGCGUUCUAUUUCUUCAGCCCAAUGUUUGUGGUAGCUAGCUCUACUUGCAAGUUCUGACGUCGUAUCUAUACGCCUGA